GACGGGUGUGUGAUGCACGUAUAGACGUCUCUGAGCAUGGAGUCCGCCGUGGACUCAGCGUCGACCGCGAGUGAGGUUAGCGGUUCAUCCGGGGGUUCGCCGAGGGUUAAGGCUGCUUCACCAGCGCGCGCCAUCAGCCCGCCACAACUGCUGCAGCACAGAAUGCAGCUCCCACCGCCUGGUUUGGGCCUGUUGGGCUCGUUGCAAAUGAUGCACCAUUCGCCUCUCGAGCUGAUGGCAGCGGCCCAUCACCACGGCCCGCCUCGGUACGGCAGCCCUCCGCCUAUUUCUACUUCCGACCCGUCAGCUAACGAAUGCAAGCUGGUAGACUACCGCGGUCAGAAGGUCGCCGCGUUCAUAAUUCAGGGCGAUACGAUGUUGUGCUUGCCGCAGGCGUUUGAACUGUUCUUGAAACACUUGGUGGGUGGGCUACACACGGUGUACACGAAACUAAAGAGACUGGACAUAGUGCCGCUGGUGUGCAAUGUAGAGCAGGUGCGGAUCUUGCGUGGCCUCGGUGCCAUCCAGCCCGGUGUCAACCGCUGCAAGCUGCUCUCCUGCAAGGAUUUCGACGUCCUCUACCGCGACUGCACCACAGCAAGGUGCCUGUCAAUGAAAGCGCCAGACAGCUCCAGACCGGGUCGACCACCGAAACGAGCCUCCGGAGUUGGUCUUUCGCUGGCCGCUUCGCCCUUCCCAGGACAUCCUUUCAAGAAGCACCGUCUAGAGAAUGGAGACUAUUCACCUUAUGAAAAUGGUCAUAUGAGUGAAAUGGCCAGAAUGGAGAAGUCCCCACUACUCGCAAACGGGUAUAAUGCACCCCCCACUCACCUUGGUCCUAUGGGUUUCAUGCACCAACAUGCUCUGAUGUCACCGGGUAUGCCACACCAUGGUGUACCGCGGCCUGACGGGUCAAUCAUCAAGGGACAACCAAUGCACAACAUGGAAGCACUGGCAAGAUCGGGCAUAUGGGAAAAUUGUCGAGCCGCAUACGAAGAUAUCGUCAAACAUCUUGAGAGGCUACGAGACGAGCGAGGCGACAUUGAACGCGUUAUUGCGAUGGACAAAGCUCGCGAAGGUUCACAUAAUGGGUCAUCGCCAGGCCAUAGUCCUGUUCUGAACCUAUCAAAGUCAGGGUCCGGAGACCGGGAAAGGUCUGACCGUGAACGGGGAGAGAGGGGCGAAGGUUCAGCCAGUGGCCGAAGCUCAGCUGCUUCGCGCCGGACCCCUCAGCCACCCCGGAUCUCUUCGGCAGCCACAGCACCGUCUCCAAGAUCACAUACGGAUGAGAGCGACGCUGCCCUCUCUGACCAGGAUGACCAUAACGUUAAGGACGAAGAUGAAGGUGGCGAUAUAAGCGACGGAGAAAGAGAUCUACAAUCGGCGAAUUCACCAGCCCCAGUGAGCUAUGCACCUCAGUCAGGCUCCCCACCUUCAGUGCCAGUAGACCCAUCAGCAGACACCCUGGUCUCAUCCACAGAAACCCUCCUAAGAAACAUACAAGGGCUUCUUAAAGUUGCAGCUGAUAAUGCCCGUCAACAGGAGAGACAAAUUAGUUAUGAGAAAGCUGAAUUAAAGAUGGACGUUUUGAGAGAGCGGGAAGUGAAAGAUAAUUUAGAGAGACAACUAGUGGACGAGCAGAAAAUGAGAGUAAUGUACCAGAAACGAUUGAAAAAAGAACGGAAGCAACGACAACAAAUACAAGAACAACUAGAGAUGGAAUUCAAGAGGCGGCAGAAGAUAGAAGAAGCUCUCAAACAAUCUGGGGCCCCUUCCGAAAUACUUAGAAUAGUUACUGAGAACCUAACGCCGCAGACGCAAGAGAAUCGGCCGGAGAGAGAGAACGGCACAGAGAGUAAGCCGCCAAGCACUGAACCGCCAACCACCUCACCACCAUUCCAACGGGAGCCACCAAGAACACCGGACAAGCCGCAAUGGAACUAUCCCCCACCACCGGUGGACAUUAUGAGCGGGGGAGCCGCUUUCUGGCAGAAUUACUCUGAAUCCUUGGCUCAGGAGUUAGAAAUGGAGCGCAAAUCACGGCAGCAGGCACUCGAAAGAGAUGUGAAGAGUCCCUUAUCCGACCGUGCAGCUUACUACAAGAACUCAGUGCUAUUCAGCUCAGCCACUUAGCUGACGAGCACCGGGGUCACCGAACACCCCGACAACCAAGAGUGCGAUAAAGAUAACGACGAUACGAGAAAACCUAUGAUAAGUGUCAAACCUGAGUUUAGAGAAAAAUGAAUCCAAAGAUUGUUAUUGGUACAGUUCAAGUAGUCGAUCCUAACGGAUGUUACUGAUAAAAUCAAUCAUUGUUCAUGUAUAUUGAAAUCAAUUCGUAAUAUUUAACAUUUCAAUGUAUAAGAUCUCGAUUUGAGAUUAGUGUAAAUAAUGUAAGCGUGUAGCUAUUGCAUAAGACGAGGUUACGAUAACAUUUCUUCCAUAGUGAAAUUUGUAAAUAUUUCUUUAUAUGUUAGUAUUAAGAUCGAUUCAUGUUAUUUAUUCACGAACAUAUUUUAAUCUUUAAUGUACCUUGAAACAUUUACGAAUGCCAUAUUUACGUUUAAGACUAAUCAGCAUUAAUGUUUUCUGGAAGAUCUGUUCUUACGUUAUCGAAUACAAUUUUGUGAAACCAUUGGAAUUGAUAGAAGACUGUUCUAUGUAUCUUUUUUGAGUUUUUUUACUUCAAUCAGGCUUCAUUAUCUUUCUCAGACCAUAGCUUGUUCAGAAUUUAAAAUUUUAUCAAUUCGAAAAGAGCAUGUGAUCUUCAUGUAAUUUAUUAAAAUUUAGUGCAAUGAUUAGCUGUAACUGAUACUAGAAAUACCUUAUAGUACGAUAAUUACGUUAAGAUAGCAGUUAAACAGUUCUUUGAAUUACAAUAAUAAUGACUGAAUAAAAGUUGUUCACUGAAAGCGUUUCAACAAUUGCUUAGUAGAUAUUGUAUAAUAAUGACACAUCCCAUAUCUACAAGAGUACGAGAGUAAUUAUAAGUUAGGUUUAUAGAAAGAAAAAAUGAUAGCAUUAUCGGUACAUAGAUUACGAAGCGAAUAUAACUUCAUUAGAGCAUCGAUCGGCGUUUGACUAUUCAAUAAGAUUCAAGGAUUUGAACAAGUAGUCAGGCGCCGAUGGACCGAAGCUUGUCGGUUUACGUAUUAUCUGUAAUGGGUAAUGAGUAAUGGAUAAUCUAGUUGUUAUUAUAAAUGUUUAGCUGAAUGAACUUGUGUGGUUGUACAGCGCGUGAAUGUGGUUCCCGAUACGGUAACUUUAUUUUCCAACAAGUGCGUUAUAUUAAAUUAUUUUGGCAUACACUUGUGGUAAUUUUUGUCAAUUCAUGGACGCUUCACACUUUUGUUCUUGUAUGCAAGCAUUAUUUAUUAUUUUUAUUGUAAUAAUAUUUUACUUAAAUUGUGUGUGUGCCUUGUAUCGUAGAGAAAAUAUCAAGAUUAAAAGGGAAAACUAUCA